AUGAGUGAAACGAGUUUGAUAACAUAUUCUGAUAGAGAAAUGGAGUCAUCCCUCAAGGAUUUGCUAGAGCGAAUAUUGAUGCAAUUGGAGAAAUAUAUUGAGACCAAAAAUGAUUUGAAUGAGGUUGAGAAAGAACUGAAAGAUUAUGAAAAUUUGACUCAAUUAGUAAACAUAAUUAAAAUUAUCUUCACUAAUCUAAUGUUGAAGAUUGAGAGAAAAAUCCAGUAAGCUUUCGCAAUUAUGAAAGGAAAUUAGAAAAUAGUAUAGAUCCAAAUAUGACAUAAAAAAGUAUACGGACAGAGGAUGAAUAUGAAAAAUUAGAAUAAUCAGUCAUAAAACAUGAGAGCGAGAUAAGGAAUCACAUUCGUGUAAGAUUUUAGUUUGAUUUAAUCUUAGUUGGAAUAAUAAUUGAAAUUAUAUGCAGAAUCAAUCUAAUAAAAAUUGGACGAAAGCGAAGCAACAAGAAAUGAGUUACUGGAAACUACUAAAAACAUUAUGAAUGUAUGUUUAAUUGUAUUGUGUUAGAAUUUGAAAAGAGAGAAUCAAAAGUAUUAUGAAGAAAAUCAAUCUUUGCAAUCAGAAAUAGUAUCUUUCAAGGAUAAGAUUUAAUAACUAGAGUUUGAACAAUAGAAGAGAACCAUUGAGCUGGAUCAUGUAGAUUAUGAGGUUCAGUAAAUAACCAAAAAUACGUAACAAAUAAAAGGGUUGGUUUAGAGAAAGCCUAAUAGUAAAGAAACGAAUAAGACUAAUUCUUAUUCAGAACAUAAAUUAAGUAGUUAAUUCUAGGAAAGCACUGACUACCCAACAUAAUCUUAAGGAUCUUUGAAACAGAACUAUUUCAACAUAUUGUAAUACGGAUAGAAUCAUCAUUUGCAAUCAUUAUAACAAUCAAUAAAUUAAUAAUAGGAGCAAAUAAAAAGCUAUCAAAUAAAGCAUAAUUCGAUAUCUUCAAUCAAUGAUUUAAUAUUAUAACACAAUGCGAUUAAAAACAUUAAAACACACAUUGGAAAUUAUACUGUAUCAAAAAACAAUUCUUAAAAUUCAAGUAUGUUGCAGAAAAAUAUUCACUGUAAAAAUUCAAUAAUGAUUUAUAGAAAGUAUUUAAACUUAACCAAGAAGCAGAAGCGGUAGCACCAAGAGGAAUAUCAAUCAAAAAUAGAAGACAUCUAUUCAUUAAUGA